UCUCCGUUCCCGGCAGCCCCCGCGAGGCGCGGUGCCAAGAUGGCGGCGGGCGGUGCGGCUCCCGGUGCCGCUCCGGGUCCCGCUCCCGGUCCCGGUCCCGGUCCCGGUCCCGGUGCGGGCCGCACGGUGCUGGUGCGGGGUCUGCCCGCCUCCGCCACCGCCACCGACCUCGAGAGCCUCUUCGGCCGCAUCGGGCCCCUCCGCCGCUGCUUCGUCGUCACUGAGAAGGGCACCAGGACCUGUCGUGGCUUCGGCUACGUCACCUUCUCGCUGGGGGGGGACGCCCAGCGCGCCCUGCGGGAGCCCCCCAACCUCGCCGGCCGCCCCCUCACCGUCACCCCCGCCCGGCAGCGGCCCCGGGGGGCGGACAAGAAACCACAGGAGGAUGAGGAGGGUGCCCCCCCUGCAGCCCCCCCGGCGCCGAGGAAGCCCCGAGCCCCCUCCCGUAAAGCCCGGCUCAUCGUGCGCAACCUCAGCUUCCAGUGCUCCGAGGACGACCUGAGGUCCCUUUUCUCGCCCUUUGGCACCAUCCUGGAGGUGAACAUCCCCAAGAAACCGGACGGGAAGAUGCGGGGCUUCGCCUUCGUGCAGUUCCAGAAGGUUCUGGAAGCGGCCAAAGCACUGCGGGGGAUGAACAUGAGGGACAUCAAAGGGCGGCCGGUGGCCGUUGACUGGGCAGUGGCCAAGGACAAGUACCAGGCAACACGGGGUGACCCGUGUCACGGGGACAAAGAGGGGAAAGGGGGCGGGGAGGAGGAGGAAGAAAAGGAGGAGGAGGAAAAAGAAGAGGAAGAAGAGGAAGAAAAAGAAAAGGAUGAAGAGGAAGAAGAAGAGGAGGAGGAGGAUGAUGAGGAAGUAGGUGGUGAUGAUGACAGUGAGCAGGAUGAGGAGGAAGAUGAAGAUGAAGAGGAAGAUGAAGAGGAAGAAGAGGAUGAGGAGGAGAAAGGGGGGGCUGCACCCCAGAAGAGGCGGCUGGGGAGGGCUCGGCAGCCACCCCCCUCGGAUGUGGGCGAGGGCAGAACUGUCUUCAUCCGGAAUCUCUCCUUCGAGACGGAGGAGGAGGCUCUGGGGGAGACACUGCAGCAAUUCGGGGACCUCAAAUACGUCCGGCUCGUCCUGCACCCCGACACCGAGCGCCCCAAAGGUUGUGCCUUUGCCCAGUUCCUGACGCAAGAAGCUGCCCAGAAAUGCGUGCAGGCUGCGCAGGAGGAUGGGGAGGGGGGGGGUCUGCGGCUGGACGGGCGGCAGCUGCGCAUCGACCCGGCCGUGAGCCGCGAAGAGGCACAAAAGCUCCGUGGGCAGCAGCCGAAGAAGCCCACGGGGACCCGAAACCUCUACCUGGCGCGUGAAGGCCUGAUCCGUGCUGGCACCAAGGCAGCGGAGGGCGUGAGUGACGCCGACAUGGCCAAACGAGCGCGGUUUGAGGAGCUGAAGCACCAGAAGCUGCGGGACCAGAACAUCUUCGUGUCCCCCACCCGGCUGUGCGUGCACAACCUGCCCAAGGCCGUGGACAGUGUGCGGCUGCGGAGCCUCCUGCUGCGCCUGCUCGGCAGGGACACGCGUGUCACCGAGUGCCGGGUGAUGCGGGAGCAGCGGGGCCAGGGCCACUCUUUGGGGUUCGCCUUCGUGGGGUUCGGGGCGCACGAGCAGGCGCUGGCCGCCCUGCGCAGCCUCAACAACAACCCCCACAUCUUCGGGCCAAACAAGAGGCCCAUAGUGGAGUUCUCACUGGAGGAUCGGCGCAAGCUGAAGCUUAAGGAGCAGCGAGCCCAGCGCAGCCUGCUCAAGCUGAAAGCGAAGGCACCAGAGAAGGAACCAACCAAACCAUCAGGACCCCCUAAAAAACAUAAAGCAAGGACGAAACCCCCCCCCAAAGGCUCCGAGGGGUCCCCCCAGGCUGGGGGUGCCCCAGGGGGGGCCCAGGGCGCCCCCCAAGCCGUGCCCUGGGGUGGGUUCCGCGUGGAGGCGCCGGGGCAGCGGGUGCAGCUGCCGGACGGGAGCAGCCGCAGGAAGGUGCUGGCGCUGCCCUCGCACCGCGGGCCCAAGAUCAGGAAACGCGACAAGGGGAAGGUGAAGCCCCCCCCACCCAAACAGCCCAAGGCCAAGCGGCGCAAGGAGAAGCGCAAGGCGCCCCCCACCCAGCCGCGGCGGCGGGGGGGCCCCGGGGGGGCUGAGGCGCGAUUCAGCGAGCUGGUGGAGCGAUACAAGAGGAAAAUCCUGGGCAGCGACCCCCCCACAGCAAAGAGGAGCAAAUGGUUCGAGAGCUGAGACGCCCCACCCUGACCCCCACCCUUGGGGGCUGGUUCUUUUUGGGGGUUCAUUGGCCUCAAAUCCCCUUGGAGGGGGGGGCCAAGCACUGGGUCUACCUUUGUGCCCCCCCCAGUGGGUUUUGGGACCCUUGUGGGGGUGGGGUGGAGGGGGGGGACCCCCUGUUCCCCCCCCCACCUUGUCAGAGAGGGGGUGCUGUAAAAAUAGAGGAAUAUUUUGUAAUAAAAUGCUAUUUUGGAGGGAAAA